AUGCACGACAAAACUUUCAUUAGUACUAAGAUACCAAAAUCUUCAGGAGUGCUUACGUUGGGUGCUCGUGUGUUUACCGCGGACCUCUCACUCCGAGCUGAUGAUGUUGAGAUCACAUUGGAACCUCAAAUUACUGGAGGAUUCUUAGUAGUUCUCACACAAGAUGAAGAAAGAAUAGUGUAUGGCCACAUCGGACGCACCCUGUAUUCAGCAUUUACCACUGAAAACAUAGAGGGAGGAGUGUUAAUACAAAUGGGCAACGUUGAUCUUACUAUCCACACAGUCGCUGAUGAACGAGCUCAAGCCAGGGGAAUAAAGAUCAGGUGGAACACUGAAGAUACCAUACGGUUCGAGGACUGUUUUGAUUUUGGUCCCAAACACUGGUAUGGUGGAAAAAUGCAAAUUAACCAGAUCUACCCGCUCGAGGCUGGUCAGCAAAAUUAUAGUGCUUACAUUUCACAAGAAUACGACAAUGGAGCGAUAGUUGAGAGAUAUUGGCUGAACUCAGCGGGAGAAUAUAUAUAUGUUCAUCCACAAGUUCCGUUGUUUGUUGAUUAUCACCAGAUCUAUCCCAAUCACAUCUGCUUCGGUGCUCAAAUAGCUGAUCCAUAUUCAACUAAAAGGAACCACACUGAACUGACCUACGACAUCUGGUUCCUACCUAAUGUUAAAGAAGCACACAAGCACGCGGUUGCGAACUACUUGGGAAAACCAUCCGACUUACCAGAUUUUAGAAUGGUAGAACAUCCGAUUUGGUCCACAUGGGCUCAAUAUUCACAAAAUAUUACACAGGAGAAGGUCAUGGAUUUCGCUCAACAAAUACUUGCCAACGGUUUCAAUAACUCUCAAAUAGAAAUUGAUGAUCUAUGGGAGACAUGUUACGGUUCCUUCGAAGUAGAUACUGUCAAGUUUCCGAACAUGACUAAUUUAGUGAAGAGCCUUAAAGCUUUAGGCUUCCGCGUGACAAUCUGGAUCCACCCCUUCAUUAAUAGUAAUUGCAAUCCUUGGUACUCUGAAGCUCUUGACAAUGGAUUCUUAGUACUCGAUGAGGCUGGCACUGCUAAAGCAAACUGGUGGAACACCAACGGCUCAGAACCAGGCUUGGUAGACUUCACGAACCCCGCGGCAGCUGAGUGGUGGUACUCACGAGUCAGGAACCUACUCGACACUUAUGAUAUAGACAGCAUUAAAUUCGAUGCUGGAGAGAGCAGUUUUUCACCACAGAUUCCCGUCCAACAAGGAGACAUUAAUCUUCACCCUCACAACAUAGUCGACGCCUACGUCCGGACCUGCGCAAAGUUCGGAGAUAUGAUUGAAGUCCGAUCUGCUUUCCGGACCCAAGACCUUCCUAUAUUUGUUCGCAUGGUAGACAGGGAUUCCAUUUGGGGUAUGAACAACGGUCUCCCCACAAUCGUGACAGCGACUCUUCAGAUGAAUCUUAACGGUUAUCCGUUUGUUUUGCCGGAUAUGAUCGGUGGUAACGGGUACAACCUGAACCACGCACAAGCCGAUAUACCCACCAAGGAGUUAUUCAUACGAUGGGUGCAAGCGAAUACCUUCUUACCAGUCAUGCAGUACUCGUAUGUGCCGUGGAAUUUUGAUAAUGAGACGUUAGCUAUAAGUCGUAAGUAUACGGAGCUUCACGCUGCGCACGCGCACGAUGUGUAUAACGCGAUGCAGGCGGCCGUGGACAGCGGGGCGCCGGUCAACGGACCGCUCUGGUGGAUCGACCCUGACAACGAACAGACUUACACUAUUUGGGAUCAGUACCUUCUGGGUGAAAAUAUCAUAGUGGCUCCAAUAUUCAAUGAAGGGGCGACAUCUCGAGACAUCUACCUUCCUUCGGGUCGUUGGUUGGAAGAAGGAGACCCUGCGAAGGUGUUUGAGGGUCCAGUAUGGAUCAGGAACUUCCCCGCACCCAUCGACGUGCUGCCCUACUUCGUGAGAGAACCAGAAGAACCCAUUUCCGUGGCGAUAUCCUUCGCUUCAUCAAACAAAAUCACUCUGAUGAAUCAGCCGGGGUUACGAUUGAGUUUGGAGAAGAAUGUUAACGGAGGCAUUAAUAUUAUAUCAGAGAGAAGAGGUGUUUCAUCCGUGCUCUCAGUAAUAGGCUAUUUUACGGGCCCUGUAAUCGAAGUUAAUCCACGCUUAAAUAAUGUUGCUAUCAAAUUCACUAAUAACACUUCGGUCAAAAUAACAGCUAGGAACGUUAUGCAACCAAGGAAAGGGGUUGUCAUAUUAGUGGACUGGGAAGCACCAAAUAAUAUACGAUUAGGAGACUGCAUUAAUUUAGAUACAAACCAUUGGUACGGUGGACCUCAACAAAAGCGUCAAUUUUGGCCGAUCGAGAAGCUCGUUCUUCCAGACUACUCUUAUAUAACGAAAGAAGCAGAUAAUUGCGGUGUCGCAGAACCAUAUUGGCUCAGUUCAAGCGGAAUUUUCUUCUUCUUUGACAGAAAUGUACCAUUAUUCGUUGAUCAAAAUACGAUUGUCAAAAACGCAGCAUGUUUUAUAGCUGAAGUUAAGCCUCCUUACACGAAACGGAGGAAUCGCAACGAUUUGGAUUACGUGAUAGGUAUAUUCGACGAUGUAAGGCAGGCCCAUGAGUACGCUGUUGAUGUAAUUAUGAAGAAACCUAAAGGAUAUCCCGAUGAGAGAAUGUUAACGUACCCGAUCUGGUCAACAUGGGCCAGAUACAAACGAAACAUUAACCACGAGGUCGUUUUGAAGUUUGCUGAUGAAAUAGCUGGAUAUGGUUUUCCUAACAGUCAUAUUGAAAUUGAUGAUUUGUGGGAAAAAUGUUACGGCUCUCAAACAGUGGACGAGCGGCGUUUCCCCGACAUGAAGAGCACCGUCGAGGCUCUUAAAAACAAAGGAUUCCGUGUAACUCUUUGGACGCAUCCAUUUAUUAACAAAGGCUGUGAGCCCUGGUAUACGGAAGCCAAAAACAAAGGGUAUUUAGUGAUGUCUGAGUCUGGUUCAGCAGAAACUAGCUGGUGGAACGAUAACGGUACAACCACUGCUUACAUUGACUUCACAAAUGAAGAGGCUCGCAACUGGUACGUCGAUAGAUUGAAGAUACUUCAGCAAUCUUAUGGAAUCGACAGCUUUAAGUUUGAUGCUGGGGAAUCGAGCUGGUCCCCUCAGAUUCCAGUCCUAAACGGCAAUAUUCUAGAGCAACCCACCAGCAUCACAGAAGAUUACGUCAGAACAGUAGCUCAGUUCGGAGAUCUAGUUGAAGUACGAUCAGGUUACAGAACUCAGGACCUUCCCGUGUUCGUAAGAAUGAUCGACAAGGACUCGUACUGGACCAUCGAGAAUGGUUUGCCCACUGUACUCACGACUCUGCUUCAGAUGAACUUGAACGGCUACCCGCUAGUGCUACCCGACAUGAUCGGAGGAAACGGAUAUGACGCCCCUCCCACCAAGGAGCUCUUCAUACGCUGGCUGCAGGCCAACACAUUCAUGCCAAGCAUGCAGUUUUCCUACGUACCGUGGGACUUUGACAACGAGACGAUCGCCAUUAGCAAAAAGUUUAUCGAUCUUCACGCGAAAUACGCUCCGGCAAUAAUAGCAGCGUGUCGCCGAGCGGUGACGGCGGGCAGUCCGGUCAACACGCCGGUGUGGUGGGUGACGCCACGUGAUGUAACCGCACAGGAGAUAUGGGAUGAGUACAUGUUAGGUGAAGACAUCCUCGUAGCGCCGGUACUAGUGAAGGGUGCUCGUGUGAGGGACGUGUACCUGCCCGCGGGGUCGUGGCGGGCCCAGGACGACCCGGUCCGGGUGUACCCGGGCGGGGACUGGCUCAGAGACUACCCCGCGUCGCUUGACACUCUGCCGUACUUCGUGAGGAGUAACGACUCCAUUGUAUAA